UACAGAUUAGAUUGUUACAGAUAUUAUAAAGAGAAUGUUGUGUUGAUGCUGAUAUAGGCUUUUGUAGUGGCCUAUCAUCAUUUCCAGAAACGCAAAAGAUGGAUAAAGAAAAUGAGCACUUCCACAACAAGCCAAAUCCUCGGUUGAAAUCCAAUUUAUUCUCAAAGAUUACUUUCAGCUGGACUUUGCCAACAUUUUGGAAGGGCUACAGAAGAGACCUGGAUCCAGAUGACCUCUUCAGCCCACUAGAGGAACACCGGUCAUCUGUGUUGGGAAACCGAAUUGAAAAAGGAUGGAUGGGGGAGCUGUCUACAGUCUGGAAGAAGGGUGACAAGCCAAGUCUGUUACGAGUCUUGCUGAGAACCUUUGGUCUCAACAUCCUCAGUCUUGGAGCAAUGCUGGCCCUCAUGGAGGUAGUGGUCAAGCUAAUGCAGCCUCUGUUUCUCGGAGGCCUGAUUGAGCACUUCAGGCAAGACAGCGAGGUGACCAAGAAAGAUGCCUACUUGUAUGCUCUCGGCAUCGUCAUCUGUUCUGCCAUCAACAUCAUAGUGAUGCAUCCCUAUAUGAUCAGCAUCAUGCAUGUUGGCAUGAAGAUGAGACUUUCAUGUUGCUCACUUGUGUAUAGAAAGGCCUUGAGGCUAAGCAAGACGGCUCUGGGAGAUGCUACCAUCGGUCAAGUCGUGAACCUCAUCAGCAACGAUGUGGCUCGGUUUGACAGCUCAGUGUUGUUCUUCCCAUACCUGGUCAUCGGCCCUUUGCAGACUAUGGCUGUCACAUACUUCCUCUGGAGUCAGAUUGGUAUAGCUUCCGUGUUCGGGGUCGCAGCACUUCUAGCUUUCAUACCAAUACAGUUGUGGCUCGGGAAGAUGACUUCCAGUAUCCGGCUGCGCACUGCUACUCACACGGACCAGAGAGUUCGGCUGAUGAAUGAGAUCAUUGCCGGCAUUCAAGUUAUCAAGAUGUAUGGAUGGGAGAGACCCUUUACUAAGUUUAUUUCAGAGGCUCGCAGAGCAGAACUGAGAGAGAUAUCCAAGACUGCUUAUAUACGUGGCAUUCUGUCUUCAUUUACAAUUUUCCAUAUCCGUAUUGCUAUUUUUGUCAGCAUUCUCACAUAUGUUUUCUUUGGAAACUAUAUCAAUGCAACAAAGGUGUUCAUUGUGACAUCUUACUUCAAUGUGCUUCAACAUACAAUGACAAUUUUCAUUCCUAAAGCAAUUACACAAGUUGCUGAAGCUUUUGUCUCCAUACAAAGACUACAGGAUUUCCUGUUGUCGGGGGAGACUACUGUGUACUCCUGGCUAUCUGCUAACGGUCACGCUGGAGGUAACGACAAUCUGGAGUGUUCACUCGGUGAGGAGACUGCCCCUCGGCCUCACUAUGCUGUAGCCAUUGCUGGGGGUUCUGCAAAGUGGAACCCUAGCCUGCUCGACGACACUCUCCAUGACAUAUCUUUACAUGUUCGUCCUGGUCAACUGGUUGCUGUCAUAGGACCUGUCGGCUCCGGCAAGACAUCUCUACUUCAUGCUAUUCUCGGAGAAUUGACUCUUCAUGCUGGAGAAAUCCAGGUGUCCGGAGGUGUCUCCUACGCCAGCCAGGAACCGUGGCUGUUUGCUGGCAGUGUCCGUCAGAAUAUUCUGUUUGGAUCAGAAUACGACAAGCAGCACUACCGCCGUGUGGUGGAGGCUUGUGCACUCUGGCAGGACUUCAAACAGUUGUUCGCAGGUGAUAGGACUAUAGUUGGGGAGAGAGGAGAAACACUCAGUGGAGGACAGAAAGCAAGGAUCAAUCUGGCAAGAGCUGUGUACAAGGAAGCAGAUGUUUACUUGCUCGACGAUCCUCUGUCUGCUGUUGAUCCUAGAGUCAGUAAUCAUCUCUUUCAACAAUGUAUUUUGGGGUUGCUGAAGAACAAGACUGUCAUUUUGGUGACCCAUCAAAUGCAUCACCUAGACAGUGUAGAUCACAUUGUGCUCAUGCAGGCAGGUAGAGUAGUGGCAGGAGGAACAUACAGAGAGCUGCAGGCUUCAGGUCAGCAAUUCACAAAGCUCCUACUUUCAUCCAUUGCAAAGGAAGCUCGACUUUCCAUUAUCCCUGAGGAGAUCAAACGUUCCCGGGUCCGGCUGCUGUCACACCGUAGCACUGUAUCAUCCCUUGAUGGCUCUGGAAGUGAAGACAAAUCUUCUGUGGAAGAUUAUUCCUCUGAAAUGGUGCGCUCUUACGUUUUCACUGAGUAUUUUGCGGCAGCUGGCCACAAGUGCGUUGUGGUGCUCAUGUUAGCUAUGUGUGUGGUGACACAACUGUUUGCGAAUGGAGGGGACUACUGGAUCACUCACUGGGUAAAUUUAGAAGAAUAUGUUUAUCCACAAUACGUCCAGCUACCUAUUAACAGAACACCACCCACUUCUGCUAACACUACACACCACUACCAGUUCUACACUCCACGUGAUGUCUGCAUCACUGUGUUUACUGUAUUGACUGCUGCCACAUUUGUGGUCACUCUGCUACGCUCGUACCUCUUUGUCUUCAUGUGCAUGAGAGCAUCAAUGAAGUUACACCACCAAAUGUUCAAGUCAGUGACUGGAGCUACAAUGAGUUUUUUCCAGAACAACUCCUCAGGCCGAAUUCUUAAUCGAUUUGCUAAGGAUAUUGGAUGUGUAGACGAGAAUCUUCCAAACUGCCUCAUAGAAUGUAUCCAGAGAGGAUUGACUCUAUUGAGUGUUAUUCUAGUGGUGGCAGUAGUAAACCCGUCGGUGUUGGUACCUACGUUCUUCAUCUCUCUCCUCUUCUACUAUCUGCGCAAAAUGUACUUGUCCACAUCCAAGUCGGUUAAAAGACUAGAAAGUGUAGCCCGCAGUCCUGUCUUUGCUCAUCUUGGUGCAUCUCUGCAAGGACUGACCACAAUACGAGCAUUCCAAGCACAACAAAUACUCACACAGGAGUUUGAUUACCACCAGGAUAUCCACUCAUCUGCAUGGUAUAUGUACUUAUCAACAAGCCGAGCAUUUGGUUUCUGGCUGGACCUCGUCUGUCUACUCUAUAUCACCACAGUUGUGCUUGGCUUUCUCAUCACAGAUCUUGAUGUGUACGGGGGUGUGGUGGGACUGUCCAUUACCCAGGCCAUGGGACUGACUGGCAUGUUGCAGUUUGGCAUGAGGCAGUCUGCAGAGCUAGAGAAUAUCAUGACCAGUGUAGAGCGAGUUCUUCAAUAUUCCAGUCUAGAUGGAGAGCUGUCAAUAGAAGAACCUCUAGAUCAAUCCAUGAUGGAAAAGUGGCCAAGUAAAGGUCGAAUUGAAUUCCAACAGGUGUCAAUGCAAUAUUCUCCCCAUCUGCCCAGAGUCCUCAAGGACAUUAGCUUCCUCAUCAUGCCUCAGGAGAAAGUGGGAAUAGUUGGACGAACAGGUGCAGGGAAGUCCUCACUGAUAUCUGCUUUGUUCCGCCUACAUACUAUGGAAGGUGUUAUCCUGAUAGAUGACUUGGCUACAGACACUGUAGCACUGGACAUUCUGCGGACCAAUAUUUCCAUCAUACCACAGGAACCUGUUCUGUUCUCUGGAUCAGUCCGCACUAACCUUGACCCCUUCCAACAAUACAGUGAUGACCAACUGUGGAACACUCUUGCAGAGGUAGAACUGAAAGACACUGUAAGAGAGCUAGCGGGUGGACUGGACUGGCAGCUAGUGGAGGGUGGGGGCAACUUUAGCGUUGGACAACGUCAGCUUGUUUGUCUGGCACGUGCUAUCCUGCGCAACAACCAUAUCCUUGUCCUGGACGAGGCCACCGCCAAUGUUGAUCCUCAAACAGAUGCACUAAUACAGAGCACAAUUAGGCGCAGGUUCGCUGACUGCACAGUACUGACGAUCGCUCACCGCCUGCAUACUGUGAUGGACUCUGACCGCCUAAUGGUGCUGGACUCUGGUGUACUCGUGGAGUUUGACCAUCCAUGGAAACUACUUAACAAUAAAAAUGGAUUCUUCUACAGUAUGGUGAGAGAAUCUGGACAUGGACGGGCUGAACUCUUCCAAAUCGCAGAAGAGAACUAUCAGAGAGUACAACAAAAGGAAGAGCUAUUACAUUCUGAAGAAUUAUGAUGCAAGUUUAUAUUGUGAAACAAGGUGUCUACCAAAAUGUAAAAAUUGAACAAUUUAUGUCAAAAAGUAGAUUUGUUCAUGAUAGUGUCAGUCCAUUAAGAAGACUGUGUCGCAAAUUUAUUGAUUUGCUUUCAUCAGAACAAGUUAUGCUGGUUUUCUGCCCAAAUCAAUAAUCUUCACCGAGGCAUCCCUUUAAUAAUUUCUUUUUAUUCAAAAAUAUUUCUUUUUGUGUAUAGUAUAUUGUAAGUUAGAACAAGGAUUGUAUUAACUUAUGUGCCAAAACAAACUGUAUCUAUUAGUAUUUAAUAAAAAUAAUUUUGUUACCAAAAUGUAGAAUUAAAAUAUAGAAAUAAUGAACACUGACUAAUGAAAAAAUAUGUGAAACAUGUGAGUGCCAUAACAUAAUUUCAAAAAUAAAUGAAGUGGGUUGGAAAAUAAAUGUAUAGUUUUGUCAUAUAAAAGUUUAGUUUUUACCCAAGUUUUUCUUGUACUGAUUGGUAGACACCCACCAAAUAAAAUUUCUUCUAUAUAACUGAAGAAUAAACAAAAUCAUUCUUUUUUAACAAAAAUGUAUGUAAGCAAAUAAACUUAACACAUUAGAUAAGUAAUAUUGUACUCCUUGAAUUUUUAAAGUAGAGUUAGAUUACCUCAAUACAUCCAAGUAGUCAUAAUUUCUAUGUAAAUAAUUACCUUAUUGUGGAACCUGUGUAAAUAAAUUAAAUUUAAAUUAUGA